AUGUUGCAACAGCAACAACGACGACAACAAAAACAUCAACAACAAUACCUGCCACAACGUCAACAACAUCUACAACAAUACCUACAACAACAACAAUUCAACAACGAUAACAACAUUGAUGAAUUGAAAGUCAAACUUGAAAACGAAAACCUCUGGAACAGUUUCGCAAAAAUCGGCACCGAAAUGAUUGUAACGAAAUCCGGCCGGCGAAUGUUCCCAGCCUUUAAAGUCCGACUUUCCGGUUUGAAACCAAAUCUGAAAUACGCGCUUCUACUCGACGUCAUACCUCACGAUCGAUACCGAUACAAAUUCACAAACGGGCAAUGGUCGGUUACGGAUAAAACCGAAUCAGUGGCGGAUCUGAGCGGUUUGAGAAUGUUUGUCCAUGGAGACUCCCCAGCUACUGGAGAGCACUGGAUGAGGCAGGUCGUUUCAUUCCACAAAAUGAAACUCACCAACAACGCCGGCGACCAGCAAGGACAUAUAAUCCUGGCAUCGCUGCACAAGUACACGCCGCGAGUGCACGUGGUACAAGUUGACGACCUGCAAUGUCUGCCAACGACUCCCUUCAACACGUUCGUCUUCCAUCAGACGUCGUUCAUCGCCGUCACUGCAUACCAGAACGAGUUGGUCACCAGGCUGAAAAUCCAUCACAACCCCUUCGCCAAGGGUUUCAGGGAA